CAAGUUGCAACGAACAGAGAGAGAGAGAGAGAGAGAGAGAGAGAGAGAGACCUGGGACGAAGCACAAAAACGAUGUCUGAGGAAGACGAAUCAAUGUCAGAGAUUGAAGAACAAGAACGGACGGCUGGGGAGCACGACAAUGACGGAGGAAUACUUGAUUACAUAAUGAGCUUGGAGAGUGUUCCAUCAAAACUCCCUCCACAAAUCGAACUUUUCAGGACCCGUGUUCUUUGCAACAACGAUGCUCCUCAGCAUACAGAUACCAUACAAUAUUCUGGUGCUUAUGCGGCGUUAGGAGUUGAUAAUAGUCUGCGAUUGGAUAAUUUUUGUCAAAACUUCAAAGUUGAAGUGAAACGGCUCACUGAUGAUGACAUAGAGUUUGAUAUGAUUGGUAUUGAUCCAGCACUUGCCAAUGCGUUUCGAAGAAUCCUUAUAGCAGAGGUUCCAACAAUGGCUAUUGAAAGAGUAUAUAUUGCAAACAAUACAUCAGUUAUACAAGAUGAAGUUCUUGCCCAUAGAUUGGGCCUCAUUCCAAUCAGUGCUGAUCCCAGGCUAUUUGAAUAUCCAGAAAAUGCGGGAGAUGAAAAGAAUGAAAAGAACACCAUUGUCUUCAAACUACAUGUUCACUGUCGGAAGGGUCAGCCUCGAAUUACUGUGAAAUCAGAUGAACUAAAGUGGUUACCUAAUGGGAGUGAGCUUCUCUCUGAAGAUACUAAACAAAAUACUGGUUCAAAACCAAAAACAUUUACGUCUUUUAAUUGCAGCCAAGAGUCACUUCCUGAAUUUUCCAGCAAUUCACUUGGUCCCAAAGAUUUGGAUAUUAUAUUAGCUAAACUUGGAGCUGGUCAGGAAAUCGAACUUGAAGCCCAUGCAGUUAAAGGCAUCGGUAAGACACAUGCAAAAUGGUCCCCUGUUGCCACUGCCUGGUAUCGUAUGCUUCCUGAGGUUGUACUCCUGAAAGAUGUUGAGGACGAGCUGGCGGAAGAACUAAAAAAUAAAUGUCCAGUUGGAGUAUUUGAUAUUGAAGAUAUUGGAAAAGGUAAAAGAAGGGCAACCGUAGCCAGACCACGAGCGUGCACUUUGUGCAGGGAAUGCAUCCGAGGGGGGAAAGAAUGGGAAGAUCGUGUAUCAUUACGUCGUGUUAAAGAUCAUUUCAUUUUUACUAUUGAAUCAACUGGAGCAUUACCCCCUGAAGUGCUAUUUACUGAAGCUGUGAAGAUUCUGGAAGAUAAGUGUGAACGUGUGAUUGCUGAGCUUUCUUAAUGAUUUGUUUUGCCAUGUCCAAAAAUGAGUGAAAUUAGAAAAUUUGUACAUGAUCAGUUCUGUUAUUAUUUAAUUUUAUUUUCUAAGGAACUAUAUUU